AUGAGUAUACUCCUCCGGGGCGUUCCCGAAGACGAUUAUGGGAUUGUGAGGAAAUACCCAGAAGCUAAACCAGGAGUUUGGCUUCAUUUGUCAAAUAAAGACUAUGACUGGCCUACGUCUACCAUCUAUGGCAAGGAGUGGCCGCUGUUGCAGUACUCUGCCGCCGCGGGCAUGGUGAUUCUAGAGAUACAAGAGCGCUUGAUGGACUUCCUUGUCAAGUGUUGCUAUCGAAUCCUACACGAAAUCGAGCCACACAACUUAUUUGGUGAUGUGUAUCCUGUUCAGGCCGAGCCCGAGCUUCCUUCGAAUACGCAGACUGAAGGAUUGCAGACCUCCCUUCUCGAGAUUACCUUUGAAGCACCUUACCGUGUGCCGACGCGGCUCAAGUUUGCCAAUCUUGAAAAGCUAUUUGCGGCUAAGGCCGCCGCUGCAGAGGAUCACAUAUGGGCAAUGCGCGAGGAUCCCAAUUACUUUGCCGAACAAAUCAGUGACAUGUACGAUCAUGUGAUACUGGUUGGCGAGACGAGAGAACAUAAAAACAAAUGGGGAGCAGCCAUUGGUCAGGUUUUGGCUGAUGCAUACACAAUGCUUGAGUUUUUCACUGAAGCUCAUCGAAUUACCAAACGCUUGUGUGAACUACAAGAGAGGUAUGCGAGUGUCGUGUCCCCUAUCAAGAAACUGCCCGAUGAAUACAAUAACCAGAUUCGACAUUUCCUUUCUUUUGUCCUUACUCUAAGAGAUAAUAUAUUUCUGAGUAAGCUUUUGUUCUUGGUCAAGCGUUCCCCCCCUUUCCGAACCGCUUUUAACCUUUGGCGCUCUCGUGCCGAGAACAGGGAUAGGCCUCUGACAUAUAACGAGCAAUUCUUGCUCAAGUGGGUGGUUUCGCAUCUAUUUUAUGCGAAAGGAAUGUUUCAUGACACACAUGACGUGGUUGCUGAUAUCUUUGCAAUGAAUAUGGUCAUGAAUGAUCUGGAACUGCUGGCGGAAAGGGAUAAGACAAUUCGCGACUUGCUGUCACCAACUGCCCUUGCAAUGAUGGGUGACUUAGCUAUAAUCAUCCAAACUUUACAUGCGCUGGAGCGGUUCAGGCCAUGGAGUCAAGGUUUCGCUGGUAAGCUCGGCGAGGAAGCUACGGAUUGUUCGGUGAACAUUAUCAAAGCCAGGCUUGACAUUUUGAGGCAAAUUCACGAAGCUUUCGAAAGUAGUCCGGCACCCGAUCUUCUCCCUUUUUUCGAAAAUAAUCUGGGGAAGUUUACAUAUCCGGAACACCGACGCAGGAAUAAGGAGAACGUUGAGAUGAUGCGGCGAGCAGAGUCGAAUCUAGAUGCUUUCUGGGCCAGAGCAGACCAAUAUCUCUACGAGCGGACAAAGAGUAUGAACGACAGCAUCCUUAUGGAACUCCUCAAAAGUCCCCGUGUUUUGCAGCGGACACCUGAAUGGGUCGAGCCCACGAAAGAGAAGAAGAAAGUCCUCAACAUUGAGCAACCUCUGUCGACGUUUUUCUUCGGUUUGUCCAAUGACGAACGAGACACAAAGGCGUCAGGUCGUCUUUCCGUGAAACCAACCAAAGCGAAACUCAAGACAAGAGGAACCACGACCGAAGCAACUGAGGCCGAUGAAGCUCCAACUGAAGCGAUGGCCGAGGUCGUACUUGAGGAUCUAAAGCCGGUAUUCAAGGUCGACCGACGAGCACUCAGGACAUUCCGCAUUCUCUUUUACGAUCCAGAUGUCACUUCUACGCCAGGCGAAGUUCCAUGGAACGACUUUUUGCAUGCAUUGACUUCAGUUGGGCUUGCUGCCGAGAAGCUAAGAGAGUCAGAGUUAUCGCACGUUGCUGUAGAGAGUGCGCCGGCAGAGAAGUCGACCCCAAUUACCCAGACCAAGGACAGAGCACCAACAACCAUACGAGAUGGACCAGACGUGGACGAGACAUCGCCUUAUCACAACCCUCGCCUGAAACUGGUUGACAGAUUCGUUGACGAGCCACGCCCGCUAAGAGUUGGGGUCAUUGGUGCUGGCCUGGCCGGUAUCACAGCAGGCAUUCUACUACCAGCCAAGGUCCCUGGCAUCAAGCUUACCAUUUACGAGAAGAACGCCGAUGUGGCCGGAACAUGGUUUGAGAACGUUUACCCCGGUGUAAGAUGCGAUAUUGCAUCGCACGUCUACCAAAGUACAUUCGCGCCCAAGACAGACUGGUCGGACAAGUAUGCACCCGGCCACGAGAUCCGCGAAUAUUGGCAAUCGGUCGCGCGAAAGUUUGACGUCUACAAAUAUGUCAAGCUCAAUACCAGAGUCGAGGGGACAACCUGGGAUGAUGAAGAGGGCGUAUGGAUCACAAAGCUACGGAACGUGAAGACGGGCGAAGAGACGGUCGAGAAGAACGAGUUCAUCUUGACCAGUAUCGGACGAUUCAAUGAUUGGAAAUUGCCCGAUUAUCCUGGAAUAUCGGAGUAUAAAGGACAUCUUCGGCAUGCCUCCAAUUGGAGCACGGAUUUUGAUCCCAAGGACAAGACGGUCGCUGUUAUUGGCAACGGAGCGAGCGGUAUCCAGGUUACAGCAAACCUCCAACCAAUUGUCAAGCGACUUGAUCAUUAUGCUCGUAACAAGACAUGGAUUGCUGCAUCCUGGGCUGGUGAAGAGCGAAAGAUUGAGGCCCAGCCAUAUACAGAAGAAGAGAAGAAGAAAUGGGCAGAGGACCCCGACGAAUACUUGGCCUUCCGAAAGGAUCUCGAGAGUUUAUACUGGACCAGAUUUGACUCGUUCUUCCGUAACAGCGAGUCUAACCAGAAGCUCCGUGAAGCUUUCAUUGACAUCAUGGAAAAGCGCCUUGUGAAGAAGCCAGAACUUCUCGAGCAUAUCGUCCCAGACUUUUCGCCGAAUUGCCGACGUCUGACACCGGGGCCAGGCUACCUUGAGGCGAUUACUGAAGACAACGUGGAAUAUAUCCGUACACGAAUUAAACGCUUCACGGAGACGGGUAUCGAGACUGAAGAUGGCAAGCGGAGAGAUGUCGAUGCUGUGAUUUGCGCGACCGGCGCCAACGUCGACAUGGUUCCAGCAUUUCCCAUUCGCGCUCAUGGACAAGAGCUCAGUAACCUAUGGAAAGCUGAUGGAACAUACGGAUAUCCUUACACAUACUUUGGACUUGGAACACCUGGCUUCCCCAACCUUCUCUUCGUCCAUGGACCGCAAGCAACGGGGCCAUCGGGAACAGUCCCUCACAGCGUCGAGACGCAAUUGACUUACUUCGCCAAGGUCCUCCGCAAGGUUUCGCGACAGGGCAUCAAGUCUCUGAGCCCGUCUAAACAAGCAGCGGACGACUUUGUGGAGUACUCAGACGCUUUCUUCGCUAAGACAGUUCUUACAGACAAAUGUAGUUCGUGGUACAAUGGAGGGAGACCUGGUGCUAGAAUUCACGGGCUCUGGCCAGGAAGCGCAGGCCAUAUUACAUUUGUGCGACAGGAGCCUAGAUGGGAAGAUUGGGAGUACAAGUACAUAGGCGAUUCUAAGAACCGCUUCGCGCAUUACUUGGGCAAUGGAUGGACCAAGAGAGAGACGGACAUAGAGGCUGACCAAACACCGUAUCUUCAGAGGCCGGAUAAGAUCGAUUUGCGGGAUAUUCACGAGAAGUGCGUAACCGAGGACAGGUCAAAGAGAGACUGUGCUAGCGAGGAGAACAUUUCGAGUCUCGAACCGGAUACACACCGAGACUCUGGUGAACGCAAUGCCGCCACAGAUCUUCUCUUCUGUCUCAACUUUCUUCAGUUCAAACAGGAUCAUUUAGACAAGAUGACGGUGGUGGAAAACCGACAUGCGGACAGUGAGGUUGCUGCUCCUCCCAAGGACCAGCUUCUUCCUGUCAAGUGGUAUCGCUCCACAUUCUUCAACAUCACGGUUCUUGGCUUGUGUAACUUGUCUGCCCCGGGUAUCUGGGUAGCCAUGAACUCGCUUGGUGCCGGUGGUGCAGCCUCGCCAAAGCUCAUCAACGCUGCCAAUGCCUUGACAUUCUGUCUCAUGGUGGUGUCUUGUUACUUUUCAAGUACCAUGGUUCGAUAUAUUGGCAUCAAGGGUGCUCUAAUUUUUGGAACUCUUGGAUAUGCGCCUUAUGCAGCAGGCCUUUACACAAAUAACCGCUUCGGAACAGAAUGGCUCGUCCUCGUUGGCGCUGCUCUCUGUGGUAUCUCAGCUGGUGUCUUUUGGAUGGCCGAAGCUGCUAUCGCCAUCGCAUAUCCUGAGCCUUGGAACCGUGGUAAAGCUCUAGGUUACUGGCUCACCUACCGUCUCUCGGGUCAGAUCCUCGGUGGUGCCAUCAACCUCGGCCUCAAUGCCGAUCGCAACGAGGCUGGAAAGGUCUCUUACACUGUUUACCUCAUCUUCAUUGCUCUCCAAGCUGUUGGUCCCUUCGUUGCUCUGCUGCUCAGCAAGCCGCAUCAGGUUCAGAGGAAAGAUGGUGUCACGGUCAAGUUGGAGAUCGAUAAGCUUCCUAGCUUCGAGCUGAAGGAGACUGCCAGACUAUUCUUUACCAAGAAGUUCCUUCUGGUCGUUCUAUUCAUUGGACAGGCUGUCUUUGCGGAAUCCGUCUUCUUCACUUAUCUUGCCUUGUGGUUUUCUGUUCGAUCCCGUGCUCUUGGAUCUUUCUUGGGAGGUAUCGUUGCCGUUACCGCUGGUAAUAUUCUAGGUGCUUGGCUCGACCGUACAAAGGUUUCUCUCCGUUUCCGCACCCGAUCUUCUUUCGCCUUCCUUGCUACUCUCCAAGGUGCCUGUUGGAUCUGGGCCACAGUCUUGGUUACUCGAUUCCGUGAGACAAGGCCAACUUACGAUUGGGUUGAUUCGGGAUUCGGCCAUUCCUUCGCCAUCUUCUUGUUCCUUACAUUGUCAUUCCAGCUUAACUACCUCUUCCUCUACUUCGUUAUCCAUCAUCUUGCCAACACUCAAGACGAAAUCAUUCGUUUCUCUGCCCUUCUCCGAGGCACGGAGUCCGCCUGGCAAGCUCUCAGCUACGGCAUUACCUCCUUGCCUCUGUUCGCCGAGGUUGGUGGAGUUUACUUCAACUUCGCACUUUGGGGUCUUUCUAUCUUCCCCGCGUGGUUGGUUCUCAAGGACUUCGGUUCUCAUGCUGCUCCUUCUCUUGAGAGCCCCAUCCAGGAAGUUGAUAGUCAGAACUAUGGGUCCAACUCCGGCGAGGAUAGUGAUGUCAAGAAGCAUUAG